GGAAGGAACUCAGGGGGUGAGCAAUCCGCUCGAGGACCGUGAGAAAAUAUUGCAGGUAUGACUUAACUCUUCAAUUCGCCACCCGCGGAACGGCCUGCUGAACUUGAAACUCGUACAGAGGACGACUGACAAACGGUACACUUAGAUUGGACUAGAAACUGUCACCACGAUGCCUUCAGACUUGUUGCGGAUUUCCUUCAUAGGGACAGGGAAACAAAGCACCUUCCGUCGCAUCACAUUUCACAGAAACGAUCUAGACUUUCACGCAACGGAACUCCCCACAUUUGUUGAAAAUCCGGAUUUUUCUCUAGGGACGUUCGUUUCCUCUACGCCUUACACUGGAAAUGGCUUACCCCUGUCACAUCUCUCGAAGGAUUUCCUUGGUUGGAACUCUCCACGUUAUUGGGAAGAUCCAUUCUGCGACAGUGCACUUUUCGCUCACAUAGCACUUGUCCGAGAAGAACACCCUACUAUUCACUUUGCAAUCAAGGUGGUACUUCAUGUCGACGACGAUCCCCGGUCUCGAGGUUACAAUGUACACGAAGCUCUUAGGCGCGAGGCAGUCUUCUAUGCACAUCGAUUGCCCACUCUCCAGGGUGACGCGGACCCCAGGCAUUACGAAGUCUGGGAGGCUAAUACUUCGUGGGCUGGGCACGUCGUGAUCUCUGUGAUGGAGUUUGCGGGGUGGUCAUGGUCUGGGCAAAUCAGAGGAACAAAACACGACACGCCGGAGACAAGAAUGAAGAUUGCCCGCACGCUACAGAAAAUUCAUGAUGCUGGGGCAGAUCAUAAUCAGAUAGGGCCAGGAUACGAACACCAUCUGCUAUAUGACUGGCGAUGCGGCAAGGCUCGUAUCGUUGAUUUCACUGAAGGUCACAACCAUACCUGUGCACGUCAAGUUCCUCUGAAACCAUACAAAGCGCAGUUUCGCUAUGGCCCGCUUCUAUGCCCAGAACUCACCACCCUCGGUCUUGUGUUAGAAUUUGGUGGUCCCAAUACUUUUUUAACAGAAGACCCUGAAGUACUUGAUGCUAUAGCGUUCCUCAAGACGUAUCUCGAAGAGUAUCCAGGCGUUUCACGUCAAGAAGCUCUAGACGAGCAAGAGAAGUACCUCAAGGAUGAAUGGCAUCUCGUAGGGCCCCAAGUCCGGCGUACUCAAUCUGGGAGAUGCAUGGAUUACGAAGACUUUUUCAAAUAAGUGGAAGGAAACGCGUAGUAAAGAGGUCAAUCGCGUUUUGACCACACGCAUCCUAAAAGGCACGUACUAGCUUAGUGAAGAAGUUAUUCGGGUACUUGGCUGUGGGUAUGAAAAGCAAGAUAUCUCUUUGAACCGGUAUAAUGUGCGGGAUUCGAUACAAUCGGAGUGUCGUUAGGCUAUAAAGAUCUCGAAGAAGGAUACUAGUAGAUACGCGCAAGCCAUGCACAGACAAAUGAUCAAAUGUCUU